AUGUCUACUACGACAACAACGUCUACAGCAGCACAAUGUUAUUCGUAUACAACCAUCAAUGAUGUAACACGUCUGGCAACAGCCGGAAAUGGAUUGACAAGCGAUUAUAGUUCGUUUUCAACCGGCACCUGGAUUCGUUUCUCUGGUGCAGGUGGCACUCAAAUAACAACAUCAUCGCCGGGUCAAUAUCAUUGUACUGCACAAUAUUCUGGUUGGUACGCGGGCUCACUACCUUCGCCUGGUGGAACGGUUAAUGGCACAGUGUGUUAUGCAAAUAGUGCAUCUUCAUGUUAUUAUGCCAAUAUAAUAUCAGUAACAAAUUGUGGUUCCUUUUAUGUCUAUGAUCUUGUUAAUCCAUCCAUGUCCUAUAUGCGUUAUUGUACUGUUUAA